CGGUCGCUCGAGUUGUUGGUGUGCAUAUUUAUCGAAUUAUCGUUGUUGCAUCUGUUAAAUCUCUACGUUACCAACAUAUAAUUACAUGUUUCAAAACAAUUUAGUAAACGUUUUAGUCACCGAUACAGCCAGCAAACGUUAGUAAUGACAGAAACGGCACUCGUACCAAUCGAAUAAUUUACAUUUGCCAUUCAUUUACAUUUCGAAAUCUUUUCAUUGAUCAGAGGAACACUGAUAAAAACAAAGAGUUUCAAGUGGCUGAUCUAAAGCAAAUUAAUAAGAAGAGAACGACAGAAAUAUCGAAUAAUAGAUAAGAGAAAAAGCCGAGCAAUCGAAGCGAUUCAAAUCGGAAAGAAGAACGGAAGAUUUUGGAGUCAUUAUGGGAGGAGGAGGAGGAGGGGGAGAAGAAGAAGAGAAAUCAGAGAACAGUAGUAUCGCAAGGGAAGCUGGCGUCGAAGAACUGGAACAACUGCGCGACAAAUACGAGGGAAAGUUAACAGCAUCCCUCUACACCGGUACCUUAUUCGUCGCCGUCAUUGCAUCGAGUUCUGCUCUAAGUGCUCUUUGCAUAAACAAUUAUCAGGAUUUAAGGAAAGUGGUCGUGCCUGCGUCGAGCCUGGCGAUCUUAUUAAUCUCAUCGUUGAGCCUGCUACUUUUAACGCAACUACCGUCGACUUUAACGUCCGCUAAAACUAGAUUUCUUCUAGGAUUCGUUGCCUCCGUCAUCUUAGGCAUUGGAAUUAUAGUUCUCCGUGCUCCGGUAGCCUUGUUCAUCACGAUACUUGCAAUGAUCGCCGUAUUGCCGAGAGACACUCGCCAAAAGAAACCGACGAUCCUUGCAAUUAUCCUGAUCGUUGCCCACUUGGCCGGACAAUUAGCGUUCGUCGACCAUUCCAACUACUACCAGAUAGCCCAGACGUGCAGCGAGAUCGUCUUUCUGUUCGCGGCAGUUCUGGCCGGUUCGUAUUACAGUGUAUUAACGGCGAAGGCGCACAAUCGAACGUUCUCCAGAACGAAGACGAUCAUGGAGUCGAGGAUAAAGCUGGAGUGCGAAAGGGAGCAACAGGAACAGUUAUUGUUGAGCGUUAUUCCAGCAUACAUCGCUGCUGAGGUGAAAAGGAGCAUUAUGUUGAAAAUGGCGGACGCGUGUCAAGAAGCUAGCAAACACAAGCAAACCAGAUUCCACGAAAUGUACGUGCAGCGGCAUAACAACGUUAGCAUUUUGUACGCGGACAUUGUGAAUUUUACACCGCUCUCGGAACAACUGUCCGCCCCGGAUCUCGUGAAAACGUUGAACGAACUGUUCGGAAGAUUCGAUCAAAUUGCUCAGGAUAAUCAAUGCAUGAGAAUCAAGAUCCUGGGUGAUUGUUACUACUGCGUUUCCGGAUUGCCGGUCUCUCGGCCGAAUCACGCGUACAACUGUGUAAAUAUGGGCUUGCAGAUGAUAGACGCGAUCAGGUUCGUUCGUGACGCAACGGGGUUCAACGUGGACAUGCGAAUAGGAAUACACACCGGAAACGUGUUGUGCGGUGUACUCGGCCUGAGAAAAUGGCAAUUCGACGUGUGGAGCGACGACGUUACGCUGGCGAAUCACAUGGAAAGCGGUGGUUUACCGGGGAGAGUGCAUAUAACUAAAGCGACAAUGCUUCAACUUGGAGAUCGGUUUCAAGUCGAACCUGGUAACGGAGGAUCGCGGGAGAGCUAUCUCGCCCAGCACAACGUAGAAACUUUUUUGAUAAUACCGCCGUCGCCAGAGAAAACCAGCCGAGAGAAUCGCACGGACGAUAGUGGCGAGCGCGCACGCGGCCUUGCCUCCAUACCGUCAAGAUCAAGACCAAGCAGCAAAAUGACGAAAUACGUGGAAUAUUGGGGUGCAGAUAAACCGUUCGCCAAUAUCGCAGAAGCUACACUUGCUAAAAAUAUAGGUCUAACGAGUAUCGCUAUGAUCGACUCGAAUCUUCUAGUAAACGGUGAUUCAGCUUGUUUCGUCUGUGCAAAACAAUGGUAUCAAGGUAAUAUCGAGGGCAUAUCGCCCCUUAUAUAUCGAUUCAACGACCAUAAUCAAGAGAUCCGAUACCGUCGACAAACCGACGAACAAUAUCCAUGGUAUCUUCUCGCAUCGACCACCGUUUACAUCAUGAUUUUCGGCAUUCAAAUGAUUUAUCUACCAAGAAGCGUCAUAGUUUACAGCUGUUUCCUGCCCGGUUUCUUCCUUUUCUUAAUCCUUUCCGUAUCAUCUUGGCUAAGUAUCAGAUGCAAAAUCUACGAUAGAAAUGUACCGAGCGGUGGUCGGUUAACUUUAAGCGUACCGAUCAGAAUAACGGUGUACUUAAUUACGGUGGUUCUAACCACCGUUUCGUCCAUCCUCAGUCUGAUCGAUGUCGAACAGAUGAACGAUGGAUAUUACGUUUUACCAUUGUACAUAUAUUCCACGGUGAUGUCGCUGAUUGUAGGCUGGACGCAUUUACGCGUCGAUUUCUUACUGAAAUUCUGCGCGAUGUUCCUAUCGGCAACGGCUGUUAUCGUUGCUUUCUCUCAAUUAUCGAUCGCACCAUUGUACUACGUGACCGGAAAUGUCGAACAUUAUGGCAUUCAUUAUCUCUAUCAAAUCGGCUACUUGCUAGCACUUGUCUGCCUCGUGCUGCACGUUUUGGACAGACAAAUUGAGUACACUUCGAGAACGGAUUUUCUGUGGCAAACUAAACUGAAAAUAGAACAGGACGAGGUAGAAACUAUGAGAGGUAUUAAUAAGAUUCUUCUAGAGAACAUAUUACCUGGUCACGUGGCAGAGCAUUUCUUAACAAACGCCAGAGCAACAACUCAGGAUCUCUAUCACGAGAGGUACAGCAGUAUAGCUGUGAUGUUCGCGUCCAUUCCGAAUUACAAGGAAUUCUACGACGAAACUGAUAUAAACAAACAGGGACUGGAGUGUCUAAGGCUUCUAAACGAGAUAAUAUGUGACUUUGACAAACUGCUACUUAAACCAAAGUUUUCCGGAAUUGAAAAAAUUAAAACUAUCGGUAGUACUUAUAUGCUUGCUUCUGGCCUCAGUCCAGGGAAAGAAGAUACCGAUAGAAAGGAUCCCUCGAAACAGCAAGAUCACAAUAUUAUCAUUCUUGUUGAAUUUGCUCUCGCUUUGAUGACCAUUCUAGACCAAAUCAACAAAGAAUCUUUCCAAAGAUUCAAAUUGAGAAUAGGUUUGAAUCACGGGCCCGUAAUAGCAGGCGUAGUUGGAGCGCAGAAACCUCAAUACGACAUUUGGGGUAAUACGGUGAACGUAGCGUCGAGAAUGGACAGUUGCGGAGAAAUGGGAAAACUUCAAGUCACCGAAGACACAGCCAAGAUUUUGAUAGCCGCCGGUUACGAAUUGACCUGUCGAGGGCCGAUUUAUGUGAAAGGGAAAGGAACCUUGGUAACGUAUUUUGUGAAAACUCCGUUCGACGACAAGCAAGAUAGCUAUUAAGUUAACAAUUCUAGGAAUAUUUGAUAUUAAUAGUUCGUUAGAUCUCAUCACUUAGAUUCCUUGAUUCCUCUUAAUCGUAUGUAUCACGCCUUGCAAUAUUCUCUCCACUUUAACACGAUACAAAAUGUGACUCGAUCGUACGGAAAUUCUUAUUUUAUU